AUGAUCGACGAAGCCAUCCUAAAGUACCACCAGGAUUACUUAGCACUACCGGAUUACGCAUUAGCGUCAUCAGGAGCAAGAAUCAUUCCAAGACUCACUUCACCAACCUACGAACUCGAGCCAACUGAAAAUCUAAAAUGGAUUAUUCAUAAAAUGAUACCUUUUCGUGACACCUCGCCUGCCAUCACCGCGCUUUAUCCAGAUACCAAUGUCGGACAGUGCUGGCCCAUGGUCGGCAACAACGGUUCGAUUGGCAUCCUUCUUAGCAAGACCAUCAAGGUGACCGGUGUCACUAUUGAGCAUGCUGGAAAGCAAGUUCUUCUUGACCGUCGUAGUGCCCCAAAGAACUUUGCUCUGUGGGGAGUCUAUGACCAGGGCCAGCAUGUCAUCGAACUUGCCAGUGGUCAAUAUAAUGCUGAAGAUCCCAUCGCAGUACAAUCGUUCCCUGUUUCGCCUCAAAAGCCAACUCGUGUUGUUGUCAUUCGUGUUAAGGACAACUGGGGCCAUCCUGAUUAUACCUGCCUGUAUCGCAUUCGUAUCCAUGGUGAACCAAUAUAA